AUGGCGCUCCCACCAGAGCAAAUCAACAUCAAACGUCGGCGCGAGGAAGAGCCCGUCGAGACUCUGUUCAUUCAAUCAGCCGUGCAUCAGACAAAGCGGCGCUUCACAGACUUUGUCUUCGAGCGAGUCGCAUUAAAAGCCAGCCAGGUCACAGAUGGAUCACCAAGUCCGCCUCUACCAGCUCACCCCGCAGCGCAGCGGCUACUCCGUAGUCCCCGCUCAGUGAGCAGCUUACAUGUAAACCGGCGAGCGCCAGCAUCAUCCACAGGCGUGCCCACAGUGCGUGCCACCUCUCCAGGGGCUGAAUUCCGCGAAGCGCAGCGGAUCGCAACAGCACGCAAAGAAGCCGAAGAAAAGCGCAAGCAUGCGAUCUACUCAGGUCCUUCUCCAUUCUCCGACCUCCCAGUUCUUCCAAGCCCUGGAUCCAAUGCAUCUGGUGCAUCGAGGACGCGAAGCCCCGCACCGAGGGCAACAUCGCCCACCCGCGCGCAGGCUCUUCGUCGCUUCCAGAUCUCGCGUUCGAAUCUUGGUUCUUUGAAGAGUACCGGGGGCGGAGUUCAGAAGAAGCGCGCUGGUGGGCCUGCGCCGGGUGUUGCUGUAUUGGUCGAGCAGCUUCAGCGAAACCCCCAUUCGCGCAAGGGUUCUAUGGUCUCUGAUAUGAUUGCCGAGGGGGAGACUCAUUCCAGGGGUCUUUCUGCGUUGUCCAAAGAGCUUGUUGCUGACCCGGUAGCUUCGUCACCUACCAAGCCCCGCAAACGCCCUGUCGUCAACCAGGCUGAGAAAAGGUGGCGGGAACAGCGGAAGGGUUCGAUAUCAACUGCCAAACAGAACCUGUCUGAUUCUAUGGAGAAGUCUGCACAGAUCCAAGAUCGAAACUGGGAUGAAGAGUCUGAUCGCUUGGCACGCGAGUUCGAACAGGUCGCACUUGAGCUAGAGCAGGAUCAAGAGCAGGAUUACGGAAUGGAUCUUGAUUCACGAGUCGGGACUAACCCACCGGCGCCUCAACCUCAGCCUGUGUUGACCUCUCUCCCGAAGACUCCGCUCAAGCACCAGCCACGACUGCCGAAGGAGCCCCGAGUCGUUCCAUCGCCUGCGGCUCCGCAGGAAGUCAAAAGCGAGGAGGCUGUGGAGGAAGACGAUGACGAGGACUAUGUCUACGACGUGUAUAUCCGACGACCUAUUUCGGAAACCGAGAUGCUCAAGAAUCCCCUGGCCGAGUACGAAUCCGAGCAGCAGCAGAAGGUUAUCGCGAAGGGACAGCCGGGUGUUGGUGUAAUUGUGAUCACUGCGGAGGAUGAGCAGUAUUGGGAGGACUUCGUCGAAGACGAUGAGGAGGAAUGGGAUAGUGAAGACGCUGACUCUAAUGCCGAAAACAAUCCUGCGAAUGACUACCCCGAUGAAGAAAUCUCUUCUGAUGACGAUGAGUUUGAUUUUGAUGAUUCUGCAAGUGAGGAUGGAGGAGAUGGGUACAUGUCUCGUUGGCGCGGGCCGGUCGACUCUGAUGAUGAGUACUGA